UAUUUUCACAUAUCAAAUCAAAAUGUUCAUUUUUAAACAUAGUUUAAUUAAUAUUAUAAUUGUAGUUAUUGCAAUUUGUGGUAUACCAGUUAUUUUAUGUAAUAAUGAUGUAGUAGCAUUACAAACAAUUGCAGAAGAUUACAUGAAUGCAUUAGAAGACAUAUUGAAGCAGGAAACUCAGAACCCGGUUGAAUACUUUUGUAGAGAUAAAGUUAUACAUACGGAUAACAUACAUUUGGAAAAAUGGUUAGGAGCAACAAUAUUAUUGAAUUUUUUGCAGUAUUCUAGUACUCGUACUCUGUCCAAGUCUAUUCUAAAUUCUAAUACAUACCAACGCUUAAAUAAAAGUUUGAAAAAUCCGGCACAAUUUCUGAAAGCAUAG